AUGCUCCAACUCCAUUCUCAAGCUUCACCUAGAGUCGAGUGGGAAGAAGAUAGUGUCAAGACUCUUGAGGAGGAGGUGGAGAAACUAAAUGUUGAACUUCUUAAGGUCAAGAAGGACCUUUCCGAAUGUUUGAAUGGUUUCAAGAAAGUUCUAGGCCAAAUUGUUGCCAUAAGCCCACAUAGAUUGGAUACUUUCAAUGUGGAGAAGAAAGUUUUUUAUGCACAAUUGGUAGACAUUGACCCAAUUCUUAUUUUUCAAUUUUGA